CCGUGAAGGCGUGUGGAUCGCGUCCAUGGCCAAUUUCCAAAUGCAGGACAUCAUGGAAGGUCAGGUUGGAGGUGAGCGCAACGAAGCGAAUGCGUGGGUGGAAGGCAGACGCCGACCAUGGAUGGCAUCCUCUCUGCAAAUGCGUCCCUUGUGUGCAGCUGCGUCGACGACUGGGGGCGUUGGCGAGGAGGAUGACAGAGGUAGGAGAUCAAGAUCAGCUCGGUUCGCCAUCACAGAUGGUGGAUCUGGUGGCAUCUGAUGGCAGGUGUGCUGGACGAGGCCAAGAUCAUGGAGACCACCAUGAUGGCAAUGGAAUCUGAGGAGACUGAGGAGGCCGGUAUGCACAGCAGCCACGUCCAAGAUACAUGUAACGAAACCAUGAAUGUGUGUGGAUUGGACAUGUCAUGUGUGGCAGAGUGUGAUGCCAUGUGCACAGGUGGGUGAGACACGCCACAUCACCACAUACCACAUACCACACACCACACACCAUACACAUCCCACGGCUCACCCUUUUGUGUGUCCCAUGCGGGUGUGUGUGGAGGUGUUCGACGCAUCACGAGCUGCCCCGACCUGCCGCAGCACAAGAAACUCGGUGAGUGAAUGGGGAGAGGGGGGGGGGCUUCUCUGUCGUCGAUGUCAUGUCAAACGCGUUUCCGUCUGGUGGUGUCGUGUGUGCGCAGAAAUCGACAUUGAGACGGCCAUUGCCAUCGUCAUGGACCUCAAGGAAUGGCACGAACUCAAGCAAGAGCUGAGCAAGAAGGGUGGGCGACGCCCCUCACCCACCACACACGCACACAUGCACACACACAUGGACACAGCACAGGGUGGGUGGCUCACCAAAUGUUUGUGUGCUGUGGAUGUGUGUACGUCAGGCACCACGACCGAAACCAUAGGGUGGAUACAUCGCACAAUGUGCAUGAUACACACACACACACACAUGCUGGCUCUCUCCUUCCCCCUUGCAGGCGCGAGUAUGCCGUGGAAGCGUUUCAGAUUCUCCCUGACCCCACUCGCACCAAGAAGCGCAUCACACUGCCAGAAAUGACCGAAGUAUGCAGCCAUUUGUCCACCUGUGCGUCUUGCUUGGCAUGCAUCUCUUUUGUGCGCAUUUUGUGUGUGUGUGUGUGUGGUGUAGGGCGUCCUACAGCUGUGCCAUACUCACUUCAAGUUCGUUCCCAAGAAGAGCAUGACCGGUGGGGAUGACACACACAGACAGACACCACCACACCAAAACACCUGCAAAUGUGUGUAUGUGCGUGUCGAAUGUCUCCCCUUUCAGAUAAGUUUGUGUACAACUAUGCGGACGUCUUCAGAGCUGUAGAGACAGGAAACAAGUACCAGCCCCCCCGCCUCUCUCACUCUCUGUCUCAUAUGUGUGGUUGUAUGUGUGGUUGUAUGUGUGGGUGUGCAGCUCCCUGCAGGUCGAUUUCACUCCCACGCUGAUCGGUGUUCCGCCCAUCUGCUUCCGAUUGACGACGGACAUCCCGGUAGAGACAUCGAUGCCCACGCACGUCUUUUCUUUUCAUUUACGUACGCAUCUUGUCGUCAGGAUGGCGCCAACUCUGUGGUGGAGCUCAUUAAGGAUAAGGCCAAAAUGCAGGCCUGCACAGGUACCGAUCACAAAGCGGAGGCCACACGGUGUCUGUCUGUCUGUCUGUGUGGUGUCACUUGUGUGCUGCGGUUAUGUGUCAGAUGCUGUGGAGGCUCCAGUAGAGUUGAAAGAGGUGCUCACAUCCGCCGCGUUCAUAGCACCAGAAUUCCAAUACUGGACGACGGUCUGCGAAACGACGCCUUGCCCCUCAUCCAUCCCCAUGGAUCCAUCCAUGUGUCCUUGUGCGCUGCAGGGCAUCUUACACGUGUACCAAGACAGGUUCGUCUUCAUCCCUGAGGAGCCCGCCCAGAGCAGUACGCACACACACAGACACACACAGACACAGACAGACACACAGACACACGUGUGGGAGACCACCGACCACCCAUGUCGAGAAACGCCCGCGUGUGGGAGACCAUGCAGUGGAUGUUGGUUUCGACGCUUCUGCAUCAGGCCCCCCUGCUGCUGCUGCUGCUGCUGCAUCAGUCUUCGCUGCUACAUCAGGUACCACACACACACACACACACGCACGCACAGACAGACAGACACACACAGACACACACACACACGUGAAUGCUUCCGACGUCAUUGUCCUGCAGUUCGGAUUGAGCGAGACUUCCAGUCGGUCGAAAGCGUCUACUACGACGGGCAGACGGAAGAGUAACCGACAUCUUUCCACCCACUCGCCCAUCCACCAACCCACCCACACUCAUACCUUUACCUGAUGAUGUCGUGUCUUAUGCAGCUGCAUCGUCAUUGAGUUCAUCGACAACCUGUACCUCACGGUCAAAAUCAGGUUCAACGACAAAUCGGUGAGCGUCGCCCCCACACAAACUCACAUGAGGAAAUGCAUUUCCUCUUUCUUGGUCAUCAGCUGGCUUGCGAGUUCAUCGAGACUGUGAAGAGAUUCGCCCGAGAGCAAGGGACCGGCUUCGCUACGGACAAAGUGGGGGUAAGAGGCAAACGCAGUCGACACGGAUGGCACUGUGUGCCUUGUGGCAGCAUCGUGUGGGUACAAGGCGUCGUCUUUCAGCGCAGGUCAGUGCACACAAACAUGAGAGACGCAUGCCGUCGAGUGCAGGCUCACCAACACAACCACAACAAGGCACGAACGCAGAUCCAUACCAACCUGUGAAUAUUGCUCAGGCGGCGGCAAGAGCACCGGCAGCCGCGGUAGACACACAUGUCACAUAUAAUGGCCCCCUGACACACCUCUCUCUCUCUGUGUGUGUGUGUGUGUGUGUGUAUGUGUUUGUGGCUGUGUUCGUGUAAUGCAGCGCUCGAGUGAGAUGGCGGGGGGGCUUGGCAUGGCGUCUGGGGACCUGCGCUCGUUGUGUGUGCACAUGAAUGCAGGUUUUUGCAGCUCGACGCCAACUGGGGCGACGAUUCUGAGGUGAGCUCUACACAAAAUUGCACUUCAAUGGAAGCCACUUAUCUGUGUGUCUGUGUGUGUGUCUGUUGGCUCGGCGCAGGGCCGAGUGUUCGUGUUCUCCGGUCACAUUGAAUUUGAAGAAACCAACAAACGUACCGUAGCCAAAGGUAAGCGAAACGUGUUCAGCACACCUCUAGCCACACGAUACACGCCUCUCCACCGUUGUGUCUGUCAGCUGAGUCGCAUGCCAAGAUCGACAAACUCGUGUUCAGCCAGAUUCAAAAAGUCACAUACGACACAUCAAAGUGAGAGAGAGCGCGCUCCAGCUAACCAAGGCCACACACACACGCAACCUGCCUUCUCUCAGCAAUGAGGCGACGCUCCACUUCGUUGAUGAGGAGAUGGAGCCUCUCGUCAUUAAUUUCAUACCGACGGUGAGCAACACACCGCCACUCUCAUUCAUCGUGUGUGUGUGUGUGUGUGUGGCAUGGAUGGUGUGUAUGAGGUAUUUCACCCAGAAAGGCGAAUAUGGGGAGGAUGAAGACGAAUCACUAGACAUAGACCUCGCAACUCUCGUACCUAGGCCACAUACACAGACACACAGCUGGACACAGAUAGAGAGGCUGGUGUGGUGUGGUGUGGGUUGGUGCAGGGCCUGGUGUGACUGUGUGUGGCAUGCAGGCCAUGAAUCGCUGCCUACGUUAUAUAUCUGGACGAGUCAUUAGCUAUUCGGAUGACUGGACGGGUGUACCGGAUGAGUGUGGUGUGGUCUGGUGUGGUGUGGGACAGCCCCUGUAGUUGCUGAGACAUUGAACUGACUGAUGUGGCCAUGGGCAUGGAAUGAGUCAAUCGAAC